ACGAAAUGCGCGCGGCGCAUUGGUUGCUUUUGGCGGGAACUUGACCACGUGACCCGUUUUGGCGCGAAAUCGCAGUGCUGGGCGGUGUGAUCGCGCGAUUCCAUCUUCCUCGUCUCCUCCGCCUCCUCGUCUCUUGCAACUCCUGCACCUCGUCUCCCCACACCUCCUCCGCCUCGUCUCCUCCACCUCCUUCACCGCCUCGCCUCAUCUACCUCCUCGCCUCAUCGGCCCUCGCGAGCCAUGGAUGUGCAGGAGCCUGUUCAGGGCCACGCCGGACAGACGGUGAAAGAUGAGUUGGCCGAGAAGUGUCAGAAGCUCUUCCAAGACUUCCUUGAGGAGUUCCAGACGGCAGAAGGCGAGAGGAAGUACGUGCGAGACGCCGAGGAGCUUGGCCGCCCCGAGCGGAACACACUGGUGGUGGAUUUCACAGACCUGGAGCAGCACAAUCAGCAGUUGGCCACCACUGUACAGGAGGACUACUACAGGGUCUACCCCUACCUGUGCCGUGCCGUGCGUAACUUUGCCCGCGACCACUGGAAGGACAUCCCGCAGGCGAAGGAGUUUUACGUGGCCUUCACGGAGGUGCUCGCCAGACACAAGAUCCGAGAGCUGACCACCACCAAGAUUGGCACCCUGCUGCGCAUCAGCGCGCAGGUUGUGCGCACGCACCCUGUGCACCCCGAGCUGGUGAGCGGCACCUUCCAGUGCCUCGACUGCCAGUCGGUGGUACGCGACGUGGAGCAGCAGUUCAAGUACACGCAGCCGACCAUCUGCCGUAACCCGGUGUGCUCCAACCGACGCCGCUUCCUGCUGGACACCAACAAGUCGCGCUUCGUCGACUUCCAGAAGGUGCGUGUGCAGGAGACGCAGGCGGAGUUGCCGCGGGGCAGCAUCCCGCGCAGCCUCGAGGUGGUGAUGCGCGCCGAGGCCGUGGAGACGGCGCAGGCCGGCGACCGCUGCGACUUCAUCGGCACGCUCAUCGUGGUGCCCGACGUCGCGCAGCUCUCCACGCCAGGCGUUCGUGCCGAGACGAGCUCGCGGGUGACCGGGCGCGACGGCUUCGAGGCGGACGGCGUGCGUGGCCUCAAGGCGCUGGGCGUGCGCGACCUCUCCUACCGCCUGGCCUUCCUCGCGUGCCACGCCGAGGCCACCAACCCCCGGUUUGGAGGCAAGGAGAUCAGAGAGGAGGACCAGUCGGCCGAGAGCAUCAAGAACCAGAUGACGGUGGCCGAGUGGGAUAAGGUGUUCGAGAUGAGCCAGGACAAGAGCCUCUACCACAACCUGUGCUCCAGCCUCUUCCCCACCAUACACGGCAACGACGAGGUGAAGCGCGGCGUGCUGCUCAUGCUGUUUGGCGGGGUUCCCAAGAAGACGCUGGAGGGGACGUCGCUACGUGGAGACAUCAACGUGUGUGUGGUGGGGGACCCCAGCACGGCCAAGAGCCAGUUCCUCAAGCACGUGGAGGAGUUCUCCCCGCGCGCCGUCUACACGAGUGGCAAGGCGAGCAGCGCGGCGGGGCUCACGGCGGCCGUGGUGCGCGACGAGGAGUCGCACGAGUUCGUCAUCGAGGCCGGCGCGCUCAUGCUCGCCGACAACGGCGUUUGCUGCAUCGACGAGUUCGACAAGAUGGAGCCGCGGGACCAGGUCGCCAUCCACGAGGCCAUGGAGCAGCAGACGAUAUCCAUCACCAAGGCCGGCGUGAAGGCGACGCUGAACGCUCGCACGUCGAUUCUCGCGGCCGCCAACCCCGUGGGUGGUCGCUACGACCGCGCCAAGUCCCUGAAGCACAACGUCAACCUGUCGGCGCCCAUCAUGUCGCGCUUCGACCUCUUCUUCAUCCUCGUGGACGAGUGCAACGAGGUGACGGACUACGCCAUCGCGCGCCGCAUCGUCGACCUGCACUCGCACAAGGACGCGGCGGUGCAGCGCGUCUACUCGCUCGAGGACAUGCGCCGCUACCAGCUGUUUGCCCGGCAGUUCAAGCCCAAGAUCACCAAGGCGGCCGAGGACUUCAUGGUGGAGCAGUACAAGCGGCUGCGCCAGCGCGACAGCUCGGGCAUCACCAAGUCGGCGUGGCGCAUCACCGUGCGCCAGCUGGAAAGCAUGAUCCGCCUCUCCGAGGCCAUGGCGCGCAUGCACUGCUGUGACGAGGUGCAGCCCAAGCACGUGAAGGAGGCCUUCCGGUUGCUCAACAAGUCGAUCAUCCGUGUGGAGACGCCCGACAUCAACCUGGAUCAGGACGAGGACUACCAUGCAAGCGAGGAGGCCUCAGACGCCGCAGACGGCAUAAACGACGGAACGAACGGGGGAACGAACGGGGCAACGAACGGCUCUGUGCACGCGUCCGCCCCUGAAAGCCCCUCGCAAGAAGUGGGGGCCGUCCCCCCCGCCACGGCCAAGGCCUCUCUCCGUCUCUCCUUCAGCGAAUACCGGCGCCUCUCCAACCUGCUGGUGCUGCACCUGCGCCGCGUGGAGGAGCAAGAGGAUGCGUCGGUGCGCAGGGGGGAGCUGGUGGAGUGGUACCUGAAGGAGAUUGAGAGUGAGAUCGAAACCGAGGCCGAGCUGGUCACCAAGAAAACCGUGGUGGAGAAAGUGAUCUACCGGCUAGUGCACUAUGAUCACGUUCUGAUCGAGAUCGCCAAGACCGGGCUCGGCCAGCGGCGCCGGGGCGAGGGCGACGAGGUGGUGCAGGAGGACGACCCCUUCCUCGUCGUCAACCCCAACUUCGUCCUGGAGGACUGAGGGAAACCCCGCCCCACCUCUCCCCUCCACUCGCCUACACGCGCAACCUACGCCCACUUCCUACGACCAAGUCCUCCGCCGCCGCACAGCCUCCACCUACUGCUUAUAAACCCCUUCUCUCUCCUAAUGAACCCCCACUUCUCCACCCACCGUCUUUCCGUGCGGUGCGGUCAGCCGUCGAACCGCGGUGGCUUUGCUCUGCAGCGUCGAUGCUCGCCCGGGGGGCUGCACCGGCGCCAUUGGGUACCCGCGAGUGGCCGCGAAUGCGUGGCAAGCGAGCAGCAGGGGCAGUGACGUUGGCUGCUGCAGGGACCGCGUGGGCACGACCGCGUGCGUUGUGCAGGGGCGCAGGUGGUCUGCCACGGAUGGCGUGUGUGGCUGUGUGUGUAGUGUGGUACGUUGUGUGGGUGUGUAGUGUCGUGUCGGCGUGCAGCGGGUUUAGCGUGUCGUGAUACGAACCCGGCGAGCCGAAUUCGAUUCACGCUCGCAGGCAACACCAGUGAGGAUUAUCUGAACCGGUAAUGGGCCUCCCCCUAGGGCGACUCGGCCUCA